UUUGCAUAAAUUUGCAUCAUUUUCGGUGAACCGAAAAUCAUAAUGGGCGUGGACAAUGGGCUCAUAAAUUGAGUUUAGCCGAAAAUAAAAGAGGCCACCAAAAAAAAAAGAAGACAGUAAACCCAGCACAACGUUUAUGAAGCAAUCAAUUUGCACAAGAAUUCAUCAAAGGUGCGGAAAUUCGCCAGGUGAGAUGAUCACCUGUCGCAAAAGGAACAAGUUCUCAUUGUUCUGGCGAUUUGAAAGGCGUCACAAAUAAGUUAUGACUUCGGCACGCAUUGUUCGAUCGUCUCUGGUAAAUCUGGCAAAUAUCAAUGAUAAUGGCAUCCCAAAAUCAAUAUCUAAACAAUUAAACCAACCCCGCACAAAAUUUGCAUCCGUAUACGUUCUUUUUGGCCAGUUUUAUUGCUCCACUUUUCGGAUUCUAGGCACUACGGGUAUAUAAGAUCAUCGUAACCGGCGACAGAUCAGCACAAAUUGUCCAGUCCCCUCAAGCACAACUUACUCAAAAAGAACAAAGUUUGAAAACAUGAAGUUCUUCAUCGCCGCCUUCCUGAUCGCCGCCUGCGUGGCCCUCGCCCAGAGCAGUGUCAUCUACUCGCCGGUGUCCUCCGUUCCGGUGGUCCGUUCCGUGCCAGUUGUCCGCUCCGUUCCGGUGGUGCGCAGUGUGCCUGUGGUCCGCCAUGUGCCGGUGGUGCGCCACGUCAACGUGGUCGAGUCCGUUCCAGUGGUGCCCUCCGUGGUGCGCGUUGGACACGCCGCCGUCUACGAUGCCCCACUGGUGCAGCCCUAUGGUGGAUGGUUGAAGCAGAAGUAGAAGGAUACCACUCAUGUACUUUUGAUGCGAAAUAAACACUGAAUAGAACGAACAAAUAUAUAUGUACUAGAAAAACUUAAA